GGGAGGCUCCGGCGGGCGGGGAUGGGCGGGAGGCCGCGCGGGGACCGCGGGGAGUGUGCGACGUGACCAGUCUGCGCUCGGAGCACGCCCGGGCGGUCGAGUGGAGAGCUACUCGGGGGUCGCGUCCGCGGGCCGAGGGCUGAACCCGCUGGAGCAUGCGGGGCGCGGUGCGGCCGCCCGGGGGCCACGCCGAGCGGCUGGGGUCCCGGCCCGCCGCCCCCGGCCCGCCCCCGCCCCCGCCGCUGCCUCGGCUCCUGCUGCUGCUGCUGGCCCUGCUGCGCGGCGCGGGAGCGCAGUACUCCAGCGACCUGUGCGGCUGGAAGGGGAGUGGGCUGACCCACGAGGUGCACAGCAAGGAUGUGGAGCAGGUGUACCUGCGCUGCUCAUCUGGUUCUGUGGAGUGGAUGUACCCAACAGGCGCACUCAUCGUCAACCUGCGGCCCAAUACCUUCUCACCAUCCCGACACCUGAUUGUGUGCAUCAAGCCCUUCAGGGACUCCUCAGGCGCCAAUAUUUAUUUGGAAAAAACUGGAGAACUAAGAUUGCUGGUGCAGGACGGGGACAGCAAGGCUGGCCGGAUGCAGUGCUUUGGCCUGCAGCAGGGUGGCCUGUUUGUGGAGGCCACGCCCCAGCAGGACAUUAGCAGGAGAACCACGGGCUUCCAGUAUGAGCUGAUGAGCAGGCACAGCAGCCCUGACCUGCACGCACUGUCUGCCCCGUGCAGACCUUGCAGUGACACAGAGGUUCUCCUUGCUAUUUGCACCAGUGACUUUGUUGUCCGUGGCUCUAUCCAGGAUGUCACCCAUGUGCCAGAGCAGCAGGAGUCCAUCAUCCACCUGAAGGUGAACAGACUCCACCGGCAGAAGAGCAGGGUCUUCCAGCCAGCUCCUGAGGGCAGUGGCCACUGGCAGGGCCGAGUCAUGACACUACUGGAAUGUGGUGUGCGGCCGGGGCCCGGAGACUUCCUCUUCACUGGCCACGUGUACUUUGGAGAGGCCCGGCUUGGCUGUGCCCCACGCUUCAGUGACUUCCAAAGGAUGUACAGGGACGCAAAGGAACAGGGGAUGAACCCCUGUGAGAUCAGCACAGCAUGACUGCGGGGUGACCAUAGGUGCUUUCUGCCCUCUCCUCAUGUGCCAUCACUAACUGCCAUGGUCACUCAAAUCCUGGUGUGGUCCAUAGGCUGGUGCUGAAGGCCAGGGGCUCAAGCCUGGCCUGGUUCUCAAGCUGCGGAGACACAAGCUGUUCUGACUCCAGAAGGGCCCAGCCCAGGAUGCCCUGACAGAUUUGGAAAUGCUGUAAAAUGCAAACUAAGUUAUUAUAUUUUUUGUAAAAAAAAAUGUGCAUAGGAAACAAACUCAUGUCUG